UCAAAUUUUCAAUCACGGAUGAAGACUGUGUUGGUAAAGUCUGGCAAAGCAACAAUGUGGGUCGUCUGCAAUUCACCCGAAAGAUACACACGUGCGAGGAAGAAGAGAAGAGGGUAACACUGUGACCAGUGCACCUAACAUUUAAUAAAAGAGAAGAGAAGAUUUUCGUUGAAGCAUUCAAGGAUGAAGAAUGCUGCUAAGCAAAAAGAAAUACUCUGGCGUAAACUUUCAGAGGAAAGAAAGGAGAAAUGGAAUGCUAAAUUAAAAAAAGUAAUGGAAGCAAACACCAAUGAUGAAUUUACAAGCAUUCUACAGAAAAUCAGUCUGGCUGAAGAAAUCCCCUUAAAUUGGAGUCAUUAUACUAUACACAAAUUCAAGAAAUAUUUGAAUCACAUAAUGAUGGUUAAACAAGUCAACCCCAAAAUAGUUUCACCAUUAUGGUUCCUGAUGACUAAUAGGAAGGAAAAAGAACGAAAGGAUAUAAAAGAACUACAGAAUAAAAUUGAAGAAAACCUGAAAGCAAGAUGGACCACCACAAUUAAAAAUGUGAUUGAAGCAAAUAUCAAUGAAGAUCUAAUGAAUUCUUUAAAAAAAAUAGGCAGUGCAUCUGACUCGUUUUGUGUGAGGCAUGGUUGUGCAGUUCACAAAAUCCAAUUUGAUAAUUUUUUGAAGAACAUUCCUGGUUAUCAAGUGAAUUCUGUAAUUGAUGAACAAUUGCGAAUCUUGAUUUCAAAAGCCUCGAAUGAUCUCUACUUUAAACAGAAGAAUGAAAAAUUGUUGAGUAAAGGACUUGCACCCAUCCCUUACGAAGAAUGUAAAAAAUGGGCAAGUUUUGUAACAACUCUGAUAGACAAUGGAAAAUUAGUAAGUGAUGCAGAAGAAAAGAUCUUUGCACAUGGGGAUAUUCCAAAGAAAUGGAAACAUGUUGGCAAACCUAGUUUCAAGAAUUUUUUGAAAAACAAACUUAGUUAUGAAGUGAACUCUGAAAUAGCCGAUAAUUUGUGGGAUAUUAUUGCAAAACAGAAACUUGCCUUAAGAGAGGAAAGGACAAAAGUAACCGAAGAGAAUAAAGUCAUCCAUAAAGAAAAACAAGAAAAGAUGAAUAGCGAUAUUGACAACGUGAAACCAAUCGUAAGUGCCGGUAGUGCAAAAAGGUUUAAGAAAAAUGUUGAAUUAAAGACACCUGAAGACGUGCAAGAAAAAGGGGCAGUCAAAGUGAAGAAGGUCGCCGCUAUUCAAAAAGCGCCGGUAAAAACAAAAGCAAAAAAGCGUAACAUUGAUAUUGACAACACGAAACCAGUCGUCAAUGGCAGUAAUUCAAAAAAAAUGAAGAAAAAUGUUGAAUUAAAGGCCCACGAAGACGUUCAAGGGAAACGGGUGGUCAAAGUGAAGAAGGUCACUCUCCAAAAAGGGGCUGAAAAAAUUAAAGUUGAAAACCAAGAAAAUGAUAUUGACAACACGAAACCAGUCGUCAAUGGUAGUAGUACAGAAAUGAUUAUGAAAGAUGUUAAAUUAGAACCACAAGAAGACGUUCAAGAGAAAAGGGCAGUCAAAGGGAAAAAGGUCGCCAUUCAAAGAGGGCCUGAAAAACCAAAAGAAAAGAAAAGAAAAAGCGAUAUUGACAACACGAAACCGUCCGUCAAUGGCAGUAAUAAAAAAAGAAUUGAAAAAAAUGUUGAAUUAAAGACUCAAGAAGACGAAACACGCAAUCCAUUAAGCGAAACCAUUACCGUUUCCAAAUUGAAAAGCCGUCCUUCAAAGUCUGUUGGGAACAAGAUUGGCAAAACGAAAUUGCGUGCUGCAGUGAAUAAGAAGUUACCAUUCAAUUAGCUCCAGAAUCAUAACUGAAUGUUUGAAUCGAGUGAGCAAUGCUGUUUCUGACAAAUCCUUCUGUUCCGAGACACUGUGGUCAAAAUGUUAGCGUUCCAGAUUGAUCCGUAAUGAAUGCAGUUUGUCAUAUAAUGUUGUAAGCCACAUGUCAAAUCAAAACAUCGAUUAAACCAGCUAUUGACUUGUUAA